CCUGAUUCUUCGCACAGGCGAAAACCAUACAAGAUGAUUAUUUACAAGGAUGUCAUUACCGGAGACGAGAUGAUCUCGGACUCCUACGACCUUAAGAAUGUCGAUGGCAUCGUCUUUGAGGCCGAUUGCGCCAUGAUUGAGGAGGGUGGUUUCAAUGUCGAUAUCGGUGCGAAUGCCUCUGCCGAAGAGGCUGAAGACGCCCUCGACGACACAGUCACCAAGGUCAACAACAUCGUCAACUCCUUCCGUCUGCAGAGCACCCAGUUUGACAAGAAGAGCUACCUUACAUAUCUUAAGGGCUACCUGAAGUCCGUCAAGGCUCACCUUCAGGAGAAGGGCGCGUCAGAGGAGGAAAUCAAGAAGUUCGAAGUCGGCGCGCAGAAGUACACCAAGGAGGUUAUCCUCCCCAACUUCAAGGAUUUCGAGUUCUACACGGGCGAGUCGAUGAACCCCGACGGAAUGAUCGUUCUGUUGAACUACCGGGAGGACGGUAUCACCCCAUAUGUCAUCGUCUGGCAGCAUGGGCUUAAGGAAAUGAAGGUGUAAAACACGCGCUGGAGAAGCAAAGCUAUGCUCACGGUCCGGCUAUCUGUGGGCAUCUCUGGACUAACUACGAGCGUCGUCACGUGGGCUACCCAUGGUACCGGUUGUCGGUCCACAUAAGCUCGUAUCUUAGUAUGGCCAGAAUAGAGAAAUGAGGAAAAUGGAUAAAGAACGCAUGAAUACAAUAGUUCCCGCUCUGAAAGAGUUGCAGCCUUUAGGUUGUUUUCCUCUCAGUGAUGCCAGGCC